UAUGUAGUUAUAUCGAAGAUUGUAAUUUUUCUCGUAGAUUUACAUUGCGCAAUAAAAUAAUUGAAAAUAAGCAGAAAUGAAAAAACCUCCUUUACACAUGCUUUAAUGUACGCGAUUCAGGUGAUACGCAAACGAGGCUAAUUAAAUUUGGCAACGAAAGUUUUUAGUGCAGUUUAAUAUGAUCACGUUACGAGGAAAACUCAAAAAGGACAAUGACAUAGCAAAUUCAAAGAAUUACAACAGGCGAGUCUCAAUACGAGAUAAAUUACUGAUCAAAGAGGUACAGGAAAUGGAACAGACGUUGCCAGUAACUUGUAAAGUCACAUUUAAAGAUCCACAUUGUCUUCAUGAAUUCAUCUUGUUAAUUAUGCCAGAUGAGGGAUAUUGGAUUGGUGGCCAUUUCUAUUUUCAAAUUUACAUAAGCGAAGAUUACAACAUGAUUUACAUUGCGCAAUAA